AUGUCCUCCUCGAUACUACAUCAGUGCCCGCACUGCGGGCACGUCUCCGAUAUCUCAAAUGCGCUCACAGCCUUCAUCGAGAACCCUCACUGUAAACAGUGCGGCAUGUCUGCUUCCGAAGGCGAGUCGAAAGUGCAAGACGAACUUUCAGCUCUGUUCGAUAGACAAAUGAGUAUGACACAGCUGCAGCCCGCCCCUAGAGAAACUGUCGUACCACCUCAAGCGCCACAAAUUGCAUACAGCAUUACCCAACACUACCACCACUCGGCCCACAGAGUCGCCCAGCACACAAACCAGCCCCAGCACACAAACCAGCCUUCAAGCGUUGAUGUUCUGAGACAUCACGGUCUUGAUCCAAAUGCCCUUACCCCGGACCAGCUUAUGCUCUUCGAGAACGCCGAAGCGGAACAGAGAGAACGAUUGAUUCAAACAUGGCGGCUCUACUCGCAGUUUGGGAAUGAAGCCGCCACUGCCGGGGACUUUGCUAUGCAUGAUUCUGCUAUGGACCACAGUGAAGAUGGGAAUGCCUAUGCUGAUGCUGAACCCUACAUGGUGUCGGGCUACGGGAACGUUGCCAAUCAAGCCUCUCAUAUCCCGAAAGAGCCUACCACUGGUGAAUCAUAUGCUGGCUCAAAGGACCCGGUGUAUCAAGGUCAGCAAUGGUGGGAGUUGACAAAAGCCGGUCCGAUGGAGUCGAACUAUGGCGCAUUUGAAGAGAUGAGACGAUAUUACCCCAGCUGUGGUGUAUACCACCAUUAG